GAACAACGGCUGAGAAGUUAUAAUGGACUUCCCUCCUUGGGAUCGUACACCAAGAGGUGGAUUUUGCUUUACAAGUAGAAUCAAUUUAGAGGAUGUAGAUUUAUAGAUGAAUAUAUUAACGUGUUUAUCUAGAUAGUGAGUGAGACAACGGGAACCAGCGAAUCAAUCCACAUGUAUGUGAUGGCGAGCACCAGGCUUGUGAUAGGCCUGCCUAAUGGUCGGACAGGGCACCUUCCUUCCACCUCUGGCGUUGUUUGUCCAGCGAGCUCAUGCAGCUUUAUGAGGGGCGAGAAGGGCAUAUUAUGUAUGAGAAUGAGAGGCUUGGCAAGCAGGAGGAGGAGGAAGGACAGUCUCAAAGUGCAAGGUUUGUUUGGACUGGGCGUGCCUGAGCUUGUCGUGAUUGCAGGAGUCACUGCUCUCAUUUUUGGCCCCAAAAAGCUGCCUGAAAUCGGAAAAAGUCUUGGCAAGACUGUAAAGAGCUUUCAACAGGCAGCUAAAGAGUUUGAGACAGAAGUGAAAAAGGAAGGUGAACCUUCAACAACCGAGUUAUCAAAGCCAACCAGCUCUGCCUCUGAAGUUCAAGCAACUGAUGAAGCUGAGAAGAAGAUCUAGUAUUUGUUUUAGUAUUUUUAUGUUCUGUUGAUGUUCCAGAAAGUUAUAUAACCAGAUUCAAAUUAUUUUUUAUUGGAAAUUAUGCAUUUGCUAUCAGUCUAUAUCAGCAUGUUUUUGUUUAUUUUCCAUUUUUCAGCCACAAUGUAAAGGUAAGAUUAGCAGUUCUAUCAGGUCUUUGGCUCAGACGUUUAGAUCUGAGAAUUCAGGUUUGUCUCCCUUCCAAAAAGCCAAAAUUUCAGUUCAAUUUGAAGAAAAAAACGCUGUGAUGGGCUAUUGAUUUGA